CCCUUGCUCACGAAACCCACACUUCACCGGCUGACCUGCCGCGACCGAAUCGGGCCAGAUCGGGGAGGCGAGGGAGCUCACGUCGCCAUGGACGAAGAGGAGCACGAGGUGUACGGCCAGGAGAUCCCGGAGGACGGCGACAUGGCCGCUGCCGGAGACGACGCGGCGAAGCUGCAGGAGCUCGACGAGAUGAAGCGCAGGUUGAAGGAUAUGGAGGAGGAGGCCGCCGCCCUCCGCGAUAUGCAGGCCAAGGUCGCCAAGGAGAUGCAAGGAGGUGACCCUAGUGCAUCUACAGCCGAGGCGAAGGAGCAGGUGGAUGCCCGCUCUGUGUAUGUUGGAAAUGUUGAUUAUGCGUGUACCCCAGAAGAAGUGCAGCAGCAUUUCCAAGCUUGUGGAACUGUCAAUCGAGUGACAAUCUUGACUGACAAAUUUGGGCAGCCAAAAGGAUUUGCUUAUGUGGAAUUUCUGGAACAAGAACCUGUUCAGGAAGCUCUUAAUUUGAAUGAAUCUGAAUUGCAUGGCCGCCAGAUUAAGGUUGCACCGAAGAGGACUAAUGUCCCUGGUAUGAAGCAGCGUCCACCACGUGGCUAUAAUCCUUACCAUGGCUACCCUUAUAGAUCAUACGGAGCACCGUUUUUCCCACCAUAUGGUUAUGGGAGAGCUCCCAGAUUCCGCCGUCCUAUGCGCUACAAACCCUACUUCUGAAGUAUGAGGUCAUGAAGUUAAGUAUGAGGUCAUGAAGUUUAAGGGCAAACAAGCCAUAGUCGGUUCCGAAAAUAAUUUAACCUGCUGCUGUUUUAUUUACACUUUCAUAGUAGACAUGUUAUUGCGGGUGAAUGCUCCUGUCUUGUCACCUUUUGUGACCUGUUUUACUGACGCCAUGGCGACAUGUACUAUCGGCUUGCUGUAAUACAAGACGUAGUAGCCAAAACAAGCACUAUGUAAUACUGGUUUGCGUACUUU